UUAAAUAAUGUCACAUCAUAAAGAACUAUAUAUAAACUGGAUAAAUACUCAGUUAGAAAAGCGAAAAGGGAGUGAAGUUGUAAAAAAUCUAUCAAGUAUGCAAGAUGGCGUAGCUUUUUUACAGCUUGUAGAAGUUAUCAGUAAAGAACCACAGCAAAUAACAAGAGGUUCCACAUUAUCUGAAAUGUAUUUAAACAUUAAAAGAUUGUUUGGGUUUAUGGCAAGAAAAAAUAUAAAAUAUCAUAAAGUUUCUGCUAAAGAAAUUAUCGAAGGUAAUGAGAAAUCAAUCAUGUGUCUGAUUCUUGCUUUAGCAGUGUAUUUCAAGCCAGAAUUGUUUAGUUGUAAUUGUUUUCGUAACUCAAUUCUUAAAAAUAAAGCUUCUCAUUGUUCAAGUUCACCUGUUUCUACUGUUUCCAAUGCUGCUGCUUUAACUAACAAGGCAACCAAUAACAUAUCUUUGAUAAAAAUGCCUUUCCUUAAUGAAGAAAGAAACAAAGAUGGUAGCAAAUCUUUGUUGUUUCCUAACUCAAGAUAUAAACCUCAUUGCUCAUAUAGCAAGGCAACUUCAUCCGAAAAAUUUAUCAGUAAUGAAAAAGAAUUAGGUUAUACCAGUAAUGGAUUUCGAUUAAAAAAUGAAGAAAUACCAGAACCACCUGAAAAGCAUUCUUCUAUUCAGUCACAUCCAUCUAUUGUUUCUUAUGACUUAAAUGAAAGAAGUUCUACCUUAAUACACAACAUUUUAGAAAAAAAAGAUUUAAAUAUUGACCAUGUAUUAACAGAAGUUUCUCAUAUUAAAAAAUAUUUGAAUGAACUACAGAAUUUGUUAAUUCUUGACAGCUCUGAAGAAAGACUUGAAGUUUUAGAAGAACAAUCGAUAUCAAAAAGCAUUUUAUCCAAUAAUAACAAUGAAGACAGAGCAUUAAAAAUUGAAUUAAAUGAACUUAAGGAAGAAAAUUUAAAGCUCUACAGAGAAAAGACAUCUUUAGAACAACAGAACAAGUUAUUAGAAAAUGAGCUUCGUUUCAUAAAAUCAAAACUGUAUAAUAUAGAAACAUCAAGUAGUUCAUUAACUGAUGAUUUGAAAUCUUUAACAAAUGCUAGUUUAUACAAUACUAAUUUGGUUGCUUCUUUGUAUGAGGAGUUAAAUAAACGAGAUGUUAUUAUUCAAGAGCAAAACAAUGAAAUUAUUAUCAUGAAAAAUCACUUAACCAAUACAAGAAUAGUUGAGACCAAUCUGCAAACUCGGUUAGAAUCAUGUAGUUCUAUGAUCAACAGUUUGAAACAUCAACUUAAUGAAACAGCCAAUGUCAAUGAUAUCAGUAAUGAUAUUAUCAAAAAGCAGCAAGCUAUGGAAAAAAAUUUUUCAAAGUACAAAGAAAAGCUUGUGGACGAACAUAGAAUUGUGACUGAAACUCUUGAUAACAUUCGACAACAUCUCAAAGGUGAUUCUCUUCAAGACACAUUUGAAAGUUUAGAACAUAGCAUAGCUUCUUUCAUGAACACUUUUUUUAUGUUUGAAAAAGUCUACCCUUGGAGUAAGGGAAGGAAUACACUAGCCAUAGAGAAUAAACAUGUUUGCAACGGUAAAAAAUCUGUGGAAACGUUUAAAGAUCAAGUCAAAGUUGUUUACUUUUUUGGAGAAACUGCAUCGCCUGUUUUUCAGAUUUCCAGUAUAAGGUUAGGCGUGAUGACUCUUUACGAUUUUAAGCAAUUAAUCAAUCGACCAGGUUCCUAUCGUUACUUUUUCAAAACCGUAGAUAGCGACUUCGGCUUUGUAUGGAAAGAGAUUUUCUUUGAUAAAGACGUUUUACCUGGAAUUGAAAACAAAGUGGUGGCAUGGAUUGAAAAGGGCGCAAUGGAAGGCGUAAAUAAGUUUGACGAUUGAUAAUAUAUCAUAAGUUAAUGGCAUUACAUUUUAUUUACUAUGGUAAUGUUGAAAACCAAGCAUAAAAAUCGUAGCAUAUCAAACGACGUGCUUUUAACUGAACGUACAAAUAUUUCAUUUACUUAUAUUUUAUACAUAUACAUUAGGGUGGAUCGAUUUUAAAAAUUUUUGAAAUUUGAUUUGCCUGAGCUGCGAAUCGAUGUCUUUUGGUGAAAAAUGAGUUUUAGAGGUUCCUUUUUGGAUUAUAAAUUUAUGACGGAUCCUAAUAUUGUUGAAAUUUUUUUUUUUCUAAACUAUAUCAACCUGGUACUCAAAAGAAGC